GCGACUAGAGCGGCAGGGAUCAGGAACCUCAGAAGCUGGAGACGCGGCACCCCAGCGAGGGCCACCAUGGGGGACCAGAGGCCGCAGGACCGGCCGAGUUCCCCGGGCAUGGACUCCAAGCCCUGGUACUGUAACAAACGGCCUUCCAAGUGCUUCGCGAAGCACAAGCACAGGCGCCUGAAGUUCCCGCCAAUGGACACCCAGAACUGGGUAUUCGUGAAGGAGGGCAUGGACGACUUCCGCUACGGCUGUCCGUCUCCCGAAGAUACGCUCGUUUGUCGCCGUGACGAGUUUUUACUCCCCAAAAUAUCUCUCAGAGGUCCCCAAGCUGACCCCAAACGCGCGCAGAAAAAGCUGCUUAAGAAAGCGGCCCUGUUUUCCAAGCUCUCUCCAGCCCAGCUAGCACGGAAGGAGUUCGUAGAGGAAGUGGAAGCCCAGCUGAUGGCCAAGCAUCCCUUGGCCAUGUACCCCAAUCUAGGAGAAGAUAUGCCUCCAGAUCUCCUACUACAGGUGCUGAAACAGCUGGACCCCGAGAGGAAGCUGGAGGACGCUUGGGCUCGUUGUGAGGCCCAGGAGAAGACAACCGAGGUACCCACCGAGCCUGGUAAAUAUCCCUGUGGGGAAUUCUGCCCGCGGCCUCCCGAGACUCCGGUGUCCCAACUCCGUCCGCAGCUUCCCAAGACUCCGGUGUCCAGUCUCCGCCCAGAGCUUCCCGAGACUGGAGUGUCCCAUCUAAGCCCGGAGCCUCCCAAGACUCCGGUGUCCAGUCUCCGCCCAGAGCCUCCUGAGACUGGAGUGUCCCACCUCCACCCGGAGCCUCCAGAGACUGGAGUGCCCCAUUUUCGCCCGGGGCCUCCCAUCACUCGUCGGAGAUCCAGUCUCCUACGACAGCUGCUGAAACUGGAUUCUGAGAGGAAGCUGGAAGACGCACGGGCUCCUUGUGAGGGCCGGGAGAAGACAACCGACGAACCCACAGAGCCUGGUAAAUACCCUUGUGGGGAAUUCUGCCCACGGCCUUUCGAGACUCCAGUGUCCCAUCUCCGCCAGGAGCCUCCCAAGACUCCGGUGUCCAGUCUCCGCCCGGAGCCUCCGGAGACUAGAGAGUCCCAUCUCCGCCUAGAGCAUUCCAAGACUCGUCGGGGGUCCAGUCUCCGCUCGGAGCCUUCCGAGACUGGAGUGUCCCAUCUCCGCCUAGUGCCUCCCAAGACUCGUCGGGCGUCCAGUCUCUACUUGGAGCCUUCCGAGACUGGAGUGUCCCAUCUCAGCCCGGAGCUUCCCAAGACUGAAGUGUCUCAUCUCCACCCAGUGCCUCCCAAGACUGGAGUGUGCCAUCUCCGCCUGGAACCUCCCGACACCAGUCAGGUGUCCAAUCUCCUACUAUACAUGCUGAAAGUGUUGGAUUCUGGGAGGACGCUGAAGGACGUAUGGGAUCGUUGUGAGGCCCGGGUGAAGAAAACCGAGGAACCCACCGAGCCUGAUAAAUCCCCUUGUGGAGAACCCUGCCUGCAGCCUCCCGAGACUCAGGUGUCCCAUCCCCACCCGGAACACCCCAAGACACGUCGGAGGUCCAGUCUCCACCCGCAGCCUCCCAAGACUCGUCGGACAUCCAGUCUCCGCUCGGAGCCUCCCAAGACUCAUCGGAGGUCCAGUCUCGGUCUGGAGCCUCCCAAGACUCGUCGAGUGUCCAGUCUCCACCCGGAGCCUCCCAAAUCUCCAGAGUCCCAUCAAUUCUCGGAGCCUCCCAAGAUUCGAGCAUCCUACAUAAAAGAACUGCUUCAGGAAGAUACACCAAGCACCAAAGAGUGCGUUUCUGACUCUCUUCAAUAUAGAUACACAUCGGAAAAACUCCGUGAAUUCUUCAAGUGGGCUGGAGACCUGGGAGCUGAUGAAGAAUCCAUCAGGAAUCUGUUUGACUUUACCCCCAAGUACAGAGCAACCCAUGAGGACCAAAAGGUUAAGAAAGUAAAGGAGUGCUCCUCAGAGCUGAAGUACAGCAUGGAGCUAGAUGAAAAGGAUGAGGACAAAUUCUUCUCACAGGAAAAAUACUGGGGCAGGAAAUUCCACACGCCAUCGAAUUCUUAUACCGCACAGCCUGUGAAGAUGAAGUAUGGAGCAUGGUACCUCAAGCCUAAGUUGUGGAAAAAGCUAAGAAGUGAUGAACCUUUGAUUGACCCCAAGCUCUUACUUAAAAAGCCUGAUGAACCUGACGUUCUUGACGAUCUUUAUGGACCAAUUGCCUUUAAGGAUUUCAUUCUAAGCAAGGGCUAUGAAAUGCCUGGAAUCCUUGAAAGGCUGUUUGCUAGGAAGGGAUGGACUUAUGACUCUGUUAAGACUCCUAUUCAACGUGCAACGAUAUUCUACAAGUACAAAGAAAUCGCAGAGGCAUCGGAAGAAGAUUAGGCGGUUUUCAAUUUACUGCUCAAUUGGGUAUUUCUUGCUCUCAUUUUAAUCAUCAAUCAUAAUUUAUGAUGACUGGCCCUGUGGAUGUACAACGUUGGCAACAUCUGUAAAUUCAAUACCUAAUGUUUAUCAAUAUAUCUUAAUG